AGUUUUUUCAAUAACAAAAACAAAAAAGAAAAUGAUAUGUUUGGCGCGUGCUUACGUCACAGUUUGUUCUCCGUGUUGUGCUGUGUGUGUCGUGUAUUGGAAACUGCUCUAGCAUCAAUGAUAUCGCAAUCGCCUUGUUCCGAUGAACGGUUAUAUCAUCUUCUACUAUGGAAUGGGACUUCUGAAAUUGCAGACUUCAAUUGGAAGAAUAUAGAUAACCAAGCAACACUUGUGGCGUUUUGCGCUGCCACUUUUCCUUGAAACCAGACAUUUCAGGAUUUGCUUCUAUAUCUAUCUAUCUAUCUAUAUAUAGAUAUAUAUUUAUAUAUAUCUAUAUAUAUACAUCACAUCAUGGCAACGGCUCCGUUCGUUCACGCGCGCUUUGCUUACUCGCUACGAAUUUCCAAUAUCAACAAGACUCCCUCGCAUCAAACCCCUGUUCUACCUUCCUCUUCUCAUGCUUCUCCCUCCUCUUCUUCACCUUCUUCUUCUUCCGCUUCCAAUUCCGGUUUCACUUUUCCUUCCGGUACAAACAGCGGACAGAGACACCAGGGUCUUAGAGCUCGAGCUAUGAGUACUACCACCGAUGGAAAGUCUAUUUCUAGCAUGGGAACUUCGAAGAAUGACCCUGAUCAUCUCCUUGUUCUUGUUCAUGGUAUCUUGGCUAGCACAGGGGACUGGACUUAUGCAGAAGCAGAGAUGAAAAGGCGCCUUGGAAAGAACUUUCUAAUUUAUGUAAGUUCAUCAAAUACUUACACUAAGACGUUCACUGGGAUUGAUGGAGCUGGAAAACGAUUAGCUGACGAAGUCUUGCAAGUUGUCAAAAAGACAAAGAGUCUGAAAAGAAUCUCCUUUCUGGCACACUCUUUAGGAGGCUUGUUUGCUAGAUAUGCAAUUGCUGUCCUUUAUUCACGUGAUACCUAUAAUAGGGACCAACAUGGUGAUCUUGCACACAGCACGGCAGAAUGCUCUCAAAGUACAAGCUUUUCGAAAGGAGGGAUACUUGCGGGGUUGGAGCCAAUCAAUUUUAUUACGUUAGCAACUCCACAUCUUGGUGUUAGGGGGAAAAGGCAGCUUCCAUUUCUGUUGGGUGUCCCGAUACUAGAAAAGCUUGCUGCACCUAUGGCUCCUCUUUUUGUUGGUCGGACUGGUAGUCAGUUGUUCCUUACUGAUGGUAAACCCAACAAACCACCUCUUCUGUUGAGAAUGGCUUCUGAUUGUGAAGAUGGAAAGUUUCUAUCUGCACUUGGAGCAUUUAAAUGCCGCAUUGUUUAUGCUAAUGUUUCGUAUGAUCAUAUGGUUGGGUGGCGCACAUCCUCAAUAAGGAGGGAAAUGGAGCUCAAUAAGCCUCCUCGCCAAUCUUUAGAUGGAUACAAGCACGUGGUUGAUGUUGAAUAUUGCCCUCCAGUCCCUUCUGAUGGCCCUCAGUUUCCUCCAGAAGCAGUGAAAGCAAAGGAAGCAGCACAAAAUGCGCCUGAUACUCAGAAAACUGUGGAAUAUCAUGAAAUCAUUGAAGAGGAGAUCAUACAGGGAUUACAACAGCUGGGAUGGAGAAAAGUUGACGUCAGCUUUCACUCAUCAUUUUGGCCUUUCUUUGCUCAUAACAACAUUCAUGUGAAAAAUGAAUGGCUUCACAAUGCUGGUGUAGGAGUAAUUGCUCAUGUAGCCGACAGCUUAAGACAACAAGAAGCAUCGUCAAUAUUGGCUGCUAGCUUGUAACUAGUGUAUGUAAUUUGAAAUUUCACUAUGCCUGGGGCAUGAUUAAUUGCACAAUACAGGAUUAAAAAUUUAGUUUUUUACUUUAGGUGUCACCGAUAUAUCUACAACAUUUUGUUAUGAUCAUAUAUUCGUGAAAGCGUAUAGUAGUUUGUAGUUUUUACUUAAUUGUGAUUAUUAUGCAAUCAGUAUCACACCAAUGAAAUAAUUGUGUAUAAAGAUGACUGGUAUAGAACGAAUUUUUAAUUCUUAUUGGAAUUUGGAAGUACACAUUUGAGCUUUUCA